GGAAAGCUUCAACCGACCACUGCUUAAAUCCCGACUAUUCGCGCCAUUGAAGAAAAUCCACUGAAAUUCUUGAUUGAUCGAGAUGGAAGCAGCCUCCGUGAGGAAAAUCCUGGCGGUGAUCAUCUUGAUGUCGAUGGUGACCCUCGUUUUCUCCCGGGUACCGGCAUCUCAACACACAGAGGAAGCCGAAAAAGGCAUGGACUUAGAAAGAGGACCAUUCCAAGUAGGGAUCCCCCUCUACAGGUCGAUCCACAAUCCCGACGAGUUGGUGCCGGCGAAUGAGAUUCCGACCCUGUCCACGAACAACGCGGACAGUCGAAAUCCGUGACCCUUUGCGUAUGGGUACUUCCACACUCUGGUUCUUGGAUGCUCCGUUUUGGAUUCAAGAAUCAUGAUCGUGUUUAUGUUGAUGUAAAUUUAAACGAUUUGUACUAAUUAUUAUGCUAAAUAUCAUCAUUUUUCUAUAAUGAUGCUUUCAUGUUUAGUAGUGUUUGCCUUGUGUUUGAUGAUAUGCCCGUAUAUCAUACAAUUUUUAGGGGAAAGACUGUUCAGAUAAAUCAUAUUUGGGUCCAAGUGUAAGCACGAAUCAAGAUUGCUACUUUGU